GAGCGAUGUAAACAUGGCAGCCUCCAGUGCUCGCUGCUCUGCACGUUGGCUGUCAGCCGGUUUACCUGGAAUCCGCAGCACCUGUGCACUUUUAAAGUCUUCUCAACACGGAGAUAUUUCGGCUUUGACGAAAUGGAGUACUCGCAGUUAUGUAACGGGUGGUAAUUUAAGCUGUUGGAGGCAUAGAGGUGGUGUGACAUUGAAGGGGGUGUCAGAGUUGAGGAGCCACAGUGUUUGCAGCUCUCAAUUCUUCCACACCAGCUCUGUGUGCCAUCAACAGGAUUUCUAUGAGGUUUUGGGGGUUCCUCGUACAGCCACUCAGAAAGAGAUUAAGAAAGCAUACUACCAGUUGGCCAAGAAAUAUCAUCCAGACACCAACCCAGAUGACCCCCAAGCUAAAGAGAAGUUUGCCAAACUGGCAGAGGCAUAUGAGACCCUCAGUGAUGAGCUGAAAAGGAAACAGUAUGACACAUAUGGUUCUGCUGGUCCGAGCUCAAGUGGGACGGGGCAGCAGCAGUACUGGAGAGGCGGAGCCAGCGUGGACCCAGAGGAGCUGUUCAGGAAAAUCUUUGGAGAGUUUGCGGGAGGACGUGGCUUUGGAGACCUCAACUCAAUGUUUGAACAGACACCUGAAUUUGUGAUGGAGCUGACGUUCAUUCAGGCUGCUAAGGGCGUGAAUAAGGAGAUAACGGUCAACAUAGAUGAUAGCUGCCCACGCUGUGAUGGAAAAGGUCAUGAACCGGGAACUAAAGUCUCACACUGUCACUAUUGCAACGGUACAGGCAUGGAGUCUAUAAACACCGGUCCCUUUGUGAUGCGCUCUACAUGUAGGCGGUGUGGUGGGCGGGGCUCUAUCAUCAUCACUCCCUGUGUCAUGUGCAGAGGAACAGGACAAACCAAGCAAAAACAGACUGUCAUGGUGCCUGUGCCCGCAGGUAUAGAGGACGGACAGACAGUAAAGGUCCCGGUUGGGAAGAAAUACAUGUAUGUUACAUUUAGGGUCCAGAGGAGUCCAGUAUUUCGUCGUGACGGGUCUGAUAUCCAUUCUGAUGUGAUGAUUUCAGUAGCACAAGCGAUCCUAGGAGGAACAGCCAAAGCACAGGGCCUGUACAGUGCCAUCGACAUUGCGAUUCCUCCAGGCAUUCAGACAGACCAGAAGAUCAGACUGGCGGGAAAAGGCAUCCCACGCAUGAAUAGUUUUGGUUAUGGAGACCAUCACGUACAUAUCAAAAUCAAAAUUCCCAAAAAGCUGACAAACCGGCAGCGAAACUUGCUCCUUAGCUAUGCAGAAGAUGAGACAGAUGUGGAGGGGACUGUUAAUGGAGUUACCAAACCAGCCACAGGAAGCUCUCAGGCUGAAAAGACCUCAGAAUCAGGGCAGAGCAGAGAAGAAGAGCCAGAGAAAGAAGAAGGUGGAUUUUUCUCUAAAUUAAAGAAGAUGUUCACCUGAAGGUCAUGGAAGGUAAAGGAUCUUCAAGGCACUGAACAUUAAGGGUCUCUCUCUUCACAUUUGCUUGAAGGUUCGUCCUUUGGUCAAAGAAGGAUGUGGAGCAAGAAAGAAACACAAAGACCCUGCAGAGCAGCAAAUUACAUUUCCAAUCACCGAUCUGCUCAUACAGAUAUAAGUGAAGGCAAAUGAGAAUUGCACUGAUUCUGAUUUUUUUUUUAAUGUAGUGGAAUUCUUAGGACCCUCCACCAAUUCUCAGCCUGAUGAUGACAUACACCUAGUCUCUUUGUGCUAAAUGUGUGCUGUUGCUCAGUGUAUAUUGUUGUUUCUGAGGGGAAUGUCUGAAUAAAUGUUCAGAACAUUAUAA